GUGGGAGGUAUGGCAGGUCGCCGGGCGCUGCACUUUGUAUUCAAAGUGGGAAAUCGCUUCCAGACGGCGCAUUUCUAUCGUGAUGUCCUUGGGAUGAAGAUUCUUCGACAUGAGGAAUUUGAAGAAGGCUGCAAAGCCACCUGUAACGGACCUUAUGAUGGAAAAUGGAGUAAAACAAUGGUGGGAUUUGGGCCUGAGGAUGAUCAUUUUGUUGCAGAACUGACUUACAAUUAUGGCGUCGGAGACUACAAACUAGGCAAUGACUUCAUGGGUAUCACACUCGCCUCUAGCCAGGCUGUCAGCAAUGCCAGGAACUUGAAGUGGCCCCUCAAAGAAGUUUCUGAAGGUGUUUUUGAAACUGAAGCCCCAGGAGGAUAUAAAUUCUUUUUGCAGAAUCACAAUCCACCUCAGUCAGAUCCUGUCCUAAAAGUAACGCUAGCAGUGUCUGAUCUUCAGAAGUCUUUGAACUACUGGUCAAAUCUACUGGGAAUGAAAAUUUAUGAAAAAGAUGAACAGAAGCAAAAGGCCUUGCUGGGCUAUGCUGACAACCAAUGUAAGCUGGAGCUUCAAGAGGUCAAGGGUGCAGUUGAUCAUGCAGCAGCUUUUGGACGAAUUGCCUUUUCUUGUCCUAAGAAAGAGUUGCCAGACAUAGAAGAAUUGAUGAAAAAGGAGAACCAGAAGAUCCUGACUCCCCUGGUGAGCCUGGAUACGCCAGGAAAAGCAACGGUCCAAGUGGUCAUCUUGGCUGACCCCGAUGGACAUGAAAUUUGCUUUGUGGGGGAUGAAGCAUUUCGAGAACUUUCCAAAAUGGAUCCAGAGGGAAGCAAAUUGUUGGAUGAGGCAAUGGCGGCAGAUAAGAGUGAUGAGUGGUUUGCCAAACAAAAUAAACCAAAGGCUUCAGCUUAA